AUGCCUUCACACCUCACACGCCUCGUGUUCCGCAGCAUCAUCGCCGAUGAACCUCUCCUAUAUCGAGGAUGUCGCCUCCGAGCCGUCCGACCGCAUUUGGUCAAUCGCACCGCCCGAGUCCUCCCCCACAUCCAGCGCCGGACCUUCCUCGACCUGUUCAAGCAACGGCGGAAAGUCAAGCCCAUGAAGAUACCUGCCGGCUUGGAGACCCUGUCUGAAGUCGGCUACAAAACCGAGCAUGGCUUGCGACCGCCCGAACCCAAGGUCGUUGCAGAGGCUUUCAAGGUCUACUUUGCGCAGAGGAAGGGGACAUUUGAAGAAUUCCAUAUUGGAAAAGCAUUCCCAGCCUUUGUUUACUUGCUCGACAAUCCGAAACCAGACGGGACACCCUGGCUUAGCGCCACCGAACUCAGUGACCACGUCUACUUCAAAAUGCUCAAGACCGAAGCUCGACCUAGGGGCGACGCCAAGGUUCACAUCAUGUUCGGGAAGGCGCUGAUCGAAGAGUACGCCAGACUAAUGAAACUUGAUCCAACAGACACGGGUGGGGAUGCAUCGCUUCCUUUAGAGGACAAUCUCAACGUGAAAAAGGUACGACUACUUUCGGCCCUGGGAGCCGCUAAAGAAGCGAGGGACAUUGCCAUGUCCUCUUACAAGUAUGAACCUACCUCACCUCCCGAGUACCUUCGACUGGUUCGUAAAGUCUGGGGCAUUGUACUCGCAGGUAUUGUCCGCGAGGGCAACAUCGAUGAGGUACGGAGGACGACAGAGAUCAUAGAGCAACAGUCGAUCCCUAUGGAUGCUAAGAUGCAAGAAAAUCUUGUCAAUUUCUUCUGCGAGAAGAAAGCCAUGGACGACGUAAAGUUUUGGUACAAGUUCCCCAUUACUGAGGGUGAUAAGGUCGCGAAGCCUGGUACACUGGCCCUCGCGGCUUUAUUACGAGCAUGUGCUCUUGUUGGCGAUUUGACCUACGGUCAACAGGUGGUGACCUCACUACUCCAGAACGACGUACCCCAAAAGGGAGCAUGGGAUGCUAUUUUCCUCUGGUCCGCCGCCAUUGGCAAGGGGGUAGACGAGGUUGAUCGCAUGAUGAGUGUCAUGAUCCGACGCAACGACGAGGCACGGAACAAAGAUCGUUCAAUCCAGUUGAUUCGGCCCGACGUCGACACCAUCAACAUGCUGGUUGAUUUUGCCAACUCGAAGAAAGAUCCCUACUCGGCUGAACGUUACAUUGCUCUUGGCGAAAAGCGUGGAAUCAUGCCAGACGAGAAGACAUAUGCAAUGCAAAUCAAGUACCGGCUGUCCGUCAACGACAUUGAUGGCGCACGAGCUGCUUACUUCAAUCUCCAGGGAGAGUUCUCUGGGGCAGAGGAGAGUGUGGCAGUCGUCAACCAGCUGAUCCGAGCGUUGUGCGAGUCUCAGCAGCAUCUUUUCGAUGAGCUGAUGGUCAUGGUCGACGACUUGCAUGAGCGCAAGGCUCUUUUUGAUCCAGAGACCAUCGCAGCUCUAUGCGUCCUGCAUCUAAAACGAGGCGAGGCGAUUGAUGCUCUUGACCUCUUGCAGACUCAUGCACAUUCCUACACGCCAGAGCAGCGAACGCACAUUCGAAAAGGGCUCGCAGCCUUUGUUCUUGACGGCGAUACCAGCACAGCAGAUGCAUGGGAGACUUACCAGAUCCUUCGCCAAGUCUUUCAAGAAACACCCCGUGCAGACCGCAUCGAGCUCAUGAACGCAUUCUUCACUCGUAAACGCUCAGACAUGGCCUGCCACGUGUUCUUUCAUAUGCGCAACCAUGUUGUCCCUGAAAUUCGCGCCGACGCCGAUGUGUAUGUCGCAGCAUUCGCCGGAUUCGCGCGAAAUGCUGAUGCUGAAUCCUUGGAGCUGGCGCACAACCAACUGAAGCUGGAUCUGACCGUGGACUUCAACACACGGCUGCGAAACGCUCUCAUGCUAGCUUACGGCGCGACCGAGCAGAACCUCAAGGCCAUGCGCUUCUGGCGCGAAAUCUGCGAGUCCAAGGAAGGGCCAUCAUAUAACAGCAUUCCCAUCGUCUUCAGAGCUUGCGAGACCAUGCACUACGGCUGGGGGCAUGCGAGGUCGAUCUGGAAGCGACUCAAGGAGCAAGACGUUGAGAUUGACAGAAAUAUAUGGAAAGCAUACAUGUGCGCCAUGGCACGUAACUCUCAGCACGACGAGGUGCAGAACAUGAUCGAAAAUGUAGAGGAAGAGUAUGGAUUUAUCCUAGAUCUUGACAUGUAA